GGGAGCGCGGCCGAAGGACGCCCCGUCCUCCAAACGCUGCCACUUGACUGAGCCAGGCGUUUGUGGGAAGGCGGCGCCACUGUCCGGCUGCUGGAUUGCACUUUGCCGCUGCUCGGCCUCAGCGUCCGCCCGCCCUGACGCCAGCAAGCCCCCUCCCAAGAGCAGCGCUGGCUCUGGAGCUCGGGUACUGGCCCCGGCAUGCAGCCCGCCGAGCGCCGGAUACCUCCAGGGCCCCCAGGGCUGUGCACACCUGCGAUGGCCGCGCAGAUGUCCCGGUGAUGUGUGGUAUAAACAUUGCACGUGAAGAGCGGAGAAAGGGAGCACCGAUUACGAAGUGGCCUGGAGAGAGAAAGCACUAGUCCACACGGUGCGGACAGACCUUCACUGUCUCCCAAAUAUGCUGAAGUAGUCUUGCUGCUUGCUCUCCUUCCCUCAGUCACAACACCUCCACAAAAUGGGCUGCAUGAAAUCAAAGCAAACGUUUCCAUUUCCUACCACAUUGGCACCUGAGAAGCAAGAUGAGAGUGAAGAAACCUUUAUGCCAGAACAGGAAUUUCUACCCAGGAUGUCUUCAGUUCAUGUCCAAGAGGAAGUGAAGAAACCCCCAGGACCCAACAUGUUGGUGCUUCAAUACGCACACCGCCUGUCCCAGGAAAUCUUGCAUGAUGCCAUGCAGCAGUGGGCACGCAAUAACAUCAAGUACUAUGACAUCCCAUACAUUGAGAGCGACUGCGAGGGCCUUGAUGCUGUAGGAUGACAGCUUUGUUGACCUGUGGAUAUAGUUGGUGCUAGUUUAAAUACAUGAAGCAGAAGCAAACACUGGUGUGCAUAAGUACAAAUAACUCCAUCUGGAUGUAAAAACUUGUCUAUGAUAAUGUCACUGGUGUAGGAAAACCUAAGAUGAAAUGUGUUUUAAGCAGUUCUGUGUUAACAAUAAUUUCUACCUGCUGCUUCCUAGAAUUUGGUCAUGGAAGGGCUAAACGAGGUCCCGUGGCACCCCAUAAUCAUCUGGAGGUCAUCCCACUUUCUUCCUGAGGCAUAAUGGCAUCACCAAAGAAAAUGCUAAAGCACCCCAGGUUCUAAAUGGUUAGUCACUUCUUUAAAAUAACCAUUUCUGUUGAUUUAUACCAAAAAAAGCCCCGCUGUGAAAAGGGUUUUUCCUCAUAACACCUUGGCCAGGAAGUAGCACUCUGACCAUAGUGAUACAAUGUGGGUGGUUUGUCAAAACCAUUCAAGGAUCCCCACUUCUUGACACCUAUGACCUAAGAUUAGAAUACAACCUGUGUAGAAAAGUUCCACCUUGAAUCCCGUUCUUAAUAUAUUUUUGUAGAUGAAAAGCAUAACUACCACCUUGAACCUCAGGGUCCAAACUACAGCUGUUACUGAAUGAUUUAGACUGUGUAUAAAGCCAUCUUUAAAAGACACAAUUUAUAGAAGCCAUGACAUUAAUGUUUAUUGCAUUGUACUAUGUCCUGUAUUCCUUUCACAAAGAGCAAUCCAGUAAAUCUUUAAAAUAACAGAAGCCAAGUCGGUAAGGUAGAAAGCAAAACCUGGUGUUAAGUGUGUAUUAACCUUUGUUUCAGAGAUGCAGAUGUGGGUGCAGGUGGCACUUACUCCCAGGACUUUUACUGACCAGUAGGGCAAUUCCAUUCAGUUUACAUGGGACCAAAUAAUGCAUGAGGAUUUACAGUUGUGUUACAGAACAAGAUAUCACUCUCCUCCAAGGGCAAUACUUGUUUUUAAUAGGAAUAUGUGCCCAUUGGGCAUUUUUAGCCAUAUACUAUGCUAUUUCCACAAAUGAGGCUUUUUCUCUUUUUACUGUCAUCACAUACACAGUUAAACAACAUACUGUUUGAAGAUCAAUGAUAACAGAAGAUUUAGGAGAGGGGGAGGAAGAUACUGAGAAGACAAAACUUGUGGGGAAAAUGAGACUGAGCCUCUAGAAUUGUCUUUUCAUUAAUAUUUGCUACAGAGUUUAAUUAAUUUAGAAAGAAAAUUGCUUAAGCCCAUAUAUGUUAGAUCCUUUUAUUAAGAUACACCAGUGUCACAGAAAUCCAGAAGAGGUAUGAGAAGGCUUGUGACCUCUUCAAUGAGAUAAAUAUUUGGCUUUGUAUGCAGGCAGAAAGCUACCAAUAAUUUAAAGCAAUACUUUGAAACCAAAAAUCAAAUGAGUGAAUUCUCCAAACUGCAUGAGCACAGAAAAGGGGCAAGAAGUGAGUGACAUGAAGUGAUGUCCCAUCUUUCAGUUGUUUUUCGAUGCCUUAUUAUUAAGCUUGCAAUCUCGCAACUUAUAUAAUAGAAAAGCAACCACUCCUCCUCCUACAAGGACCUGAAGUCGUAGCCCGACAGAAAGUUUUCCAUAAGUACAAACCACAUUUGUAGCUCAAAAAGAAAAAUUUAGGUUUUGAGAUUUAUACUAAUGAUACAGAUAAAAACCUAGAUGAAGAUUUUUUUGUUUUAUAUCUCACAAAGUAUGCUUUUGCUGCAAGGUCAUUUGCUAUUGAAAAAAUAUAAAUUAAAUCUACACAAUAAUACUGUGGUAAGAAAAUAAAGCCAUACAAAGAAGUAUGCCACUAAAUUUUUCAGUAUACAUUGGGGACAUAGACUAGUGGGGUUUGGGUCUAACUAAAUAUUUUAACUUCAGGUUCCUUCUUUGCCCUGUGCCCCUAUUUCCCAAGAGUGUAACAGGAAUCUCUGAAAGAGCUAUACCUAGCUAGAAGUCUGAUCUUCUUGUCACCCUCUCUCAGCACUAUGGUCGCACAGUUUUAUCAUUGAGCACCACCCCUGCCCUGAAUUUUAUUUCCACACAGUAUGCUGUAUAUAUCAUCUAAGAGACUUAUCUCUGAAAUAUGCUGUAUUAUAUGUCAACCCAUGAACUAGGAACCACAGGCUUACAUAAUCAGUGAGUUAGUAGAUAAACCAGAUGGGAGAGCUGAGUAAACAGAAUCUAUAAUGCAUGUGAUAAUUACCAAGGUAGAGUUUGGCCUUGAUUGACAACAAGAACAUCCUUGAUAAGAAUUAGCCUUCUUCAUACCUUCAUAUUGAAACACUGGCUUUACUUCAUUUUGAAAGUUUUUCAUAAAUAAUAGGAAAACUGAGGAGGAAGGAGACCUAUCAAGUAGAAUACUAAAGAGAAUUAUUGGAAACAUUUGGAGUAUGAACAUUUACCAGCACAACAAAGACCCCCUCCAGGUGACAACUGUGGAGGCAGAUCAUCAGGAAACAAGCAUGCCAAUCUCUCAUUUACAGAGUCACACAACCCCACAACGUGCCCCACUACUGCUUCUCCAGUUGUUUCUUAUAUACUGUUAACUUUCAGUUUUAUGCCUUUGGUUCUAGAAUUCUCCACUUUGAGUUACCUCAUCAGUCUUUUGCAAACUGCCUGUGGUUAUCAGCACUUAAGGCACAUUGAAGGAAGCAAAAAUGAUUAUCAUCUUAAUCCCAAAGGAAUAAUUUGUGUCAAACUGCCUUAAUACUAUAGUAUGAUAAAAAUAGUAUGAAAUAGCAUGGUACUCACACAUCCUAUUAAAAAUCAUUGGCAUUCUGAGAUGGUAUGGGAGUGUACAUUUGCAUUACACUUUGUAGAAAUCAAAAGUUAGAGACACAUUUAAGUAACGUCAAGAAACAGUAAAAACAAAGUUCUGCUGGGUAUGGUGGUGCACACCUAUAAUUCUAGUCACAUGGGAAGCUGAAGCAGGAGGACCCCAAAUUUGAAGCCAGUCUGGGCAACCUAGUGAGAUUGUCUCAAAAUAAAAUAAAAUGGCUGGGGAAUGUAGCUCAGUGGUAGAGCAACAUGACUAACACGUGUAAGGCUUUGGGUUCAAUUCCUAGCACCUCCCAAAACAAAGUUCUAACAAAUACACUGGUUAAUCAGAAUGCCCUCAUCCUGUCUUUACAUGACCAAAUAAGCCAUGCCUUCCUUGGAGUCAGGGGCACUGACUCAGAAGUACUACUUAUACUUUAAUUUACAAACUCAAGUUUUAUUAACAAAUUCUCUUCACUGUAAGAAUUAGCUAUGAAGUGGUAUAUUUUUUCCCAAAUACUUUUGUGAAAACUUUUUUUUUGUAACUGUACAAAAGUCCAGUUGCAAUUACAUAGCUGUAAGUUCUUAUUUAAUUGAAGUAAAUUCUUCUCAAUGCUACAUACUUUCACAUUUUUUAACACAAAAGAAUAUUUUCUGUAUUGCUUACAAGUAUAAAGUGAAUAAA